AUGAAUUUGCAUGCAGUUGCCAGCGGUGUGAUCUUAGCUGAUCUAACUAGCAAAGCCACAUCAAACAGUAAACUUUCACAAGCUGACAAAGAAUUCUGGAAAAAGCUCCAGCUGUAUGCGCUCAUUUUAGUCAGCCUCUCUCUACAGUUUGUUCUCCUAAGAAUUGGUUAUGCAAGAAGAUCAUCAAGGAAAGGCUCACUUUGGCGUUCCUACCUUGUUCGGCCAAUAUAUUUAUUGGCAGACUGGGCGGCCACUGUUUCACUAGCUACCCUUCUGAAGCGUGAACAGUUGAAGGUGAAUGAAAUGGAAGUAUUCUGGGCACCGUUCCUUGUCCUGCACCUUGGCAGCACUGAAAACCUUGCUGCCUAUUUCACAGAAGACUCUGAUUUGUGGUUUAAAUACCUGGUCGGCCUAGUUAUCCAAUUUGGGAUGGCUAUUUAUUUGUUCUGGAAGUUCCACGCUGGCUCCGGUUCCAUGACAUAUAUAGCUAUUCUGGUAUUUAUUGCUGGGUUCGUCAAGUGUGGAGAAAGGAUAUGGUUUCUUAGGUCCUCAACCUUCAAACAACUAAAAGACUCCAUGUUGUUAGCUAAACAAUCAAAACUGCUUGCAACAGCUACCGAUCAGGACAUGAUUACUAAGGGGUCUAAGGAGAGGCUGGAAGAAUAUCUUGAGCGUAAACAGAUUGAUCCAAAAUUCAGAUAUCUCCAUCAGGCGGAGUUACUAUUUAAGGUCUUCAUGCCCGUCUUUGCUGAUCUUAGACUUAGGGUUUACAAUAAAUUAUCUUACGUUUUCUGCUUACAUCGGUCACAGGGAGCGGAAGAGGCCUUCAAAAUAGUAGACACUGAACUGGAAUUUUUGCAUUCCGCGUUUUACUCCAAGACUAUCAUAUUAAACCCGUCAUUGGGCUUCGCCUUACGCUCCAUCUGCUUAUUUUCUUCUCUUUCAGCACUCAUUGCUUUCUCAGUUGCAGUGAAUCACCUUAUUGAUCUUCAUAGUGAUAAUGCCUCAAGUAUCGACAUUGGCAUAACUUACGCACUGUUGUUUGGAGCUAUUUUUGCAGACAUCUAUGCACUCGUUGCUCAUGUAUUCUCUAACUCCACAAUCGUCUGGUUGACCGCUUCCAAAAAUAGGGUAGCCAGGUUUUUGUAUGCGACUGUUGUUUCUAGAUUUGGUCACAAGGCCAAGAGAGGAAUAGAAUCCGUGGCACAGCUUAGCCUGCUAGAUUAUUGCAUCAAUUCCAGAUGGAAAACCAAGUUUAGGAACAUAUUUGACAAACAGGAUAUUUUGGGCAAGUAUUGGCAUACUACGUGGCGGCAUGUGGAUAGUGAUUUGAAGGAGGCAAUCUUUAGUCAUCUCCUCUUUGUACUCGAAGGGUAUCGAGAAACAGGAUUUGAUUACAAGUAUUUGCGUGAAAGACUGAGUGCGAGAGGUUAUGAUGCAGCCAGUAAAUAUGCUCAGGCUCCUGAUUUAACAAGUAGCUUGACUGACAUGGAAUUUACCCACAGUAUCCUCGUUUGGCAUAUUGCGACGGACAUUGUUUAUCAUGCAGAUCGUCUAGCACGUCGAGCUGGGGCCCUUGGUCCAUAUUGUCAAAUCAGCAAGCAAUUAUCUGGUUAUUUGAUGUACCUUCUCUGUAUGCGUGCAUCCAUGCUUCCUGAAAGUACUACUAAGUUAAGGCUACGUGAUACCUGCCUUGAAGCAAGACAAUUUUUUCCUGAAGGCCUUGAAUUUGAUCAAGCUGUUCUGGUAAUGUGUGGUAUUGACACCGAAACUCGAUCAUUCUUCGUCGAGAUGGGAAGUGAACGGAAGUCUUCAUUCUUUGAAGGAUGCCAACUCGCCGGUCAUUUGCAAUCUUUGGUGUCAGUCUUUCAAUGGGAUCACGAAGAGAAAUGGGAAAUGAUCGGCAAGAUAUGGCUGGAAAUGCUGACUUAUGCUGCAAGUAAAUGCGAAUGGAAAGAGCACGUAAAACACCUUAAGCAAGGUGAAGAGUCGCUCACCCACGUAGCCCUUCUCAUGGCACAUUUUGGUUUAAGUAAGAAAAUCAAAUUUGUGCCCUUGCCCCUACGUCUUGAGGAAGUCGGCUUUGAGCCAGUCUGGUAUUGGGGUAACCUUGACCGAUUGGCUUAUUACUUAGCUUAA